CCGGACUCUUUGGGUCUCAGUUUCUCCCCGCAGCUUCAGUAGCCGCACGUCGGGUCCACCGCCCGGCCGUAGCGAGCUGGAAUAAUCGGAUCUCUCGAGAAUGUCAUUAACGAAAAAAGCGAAAAAUUCAAAGAUCUUAAUUUUUCCAUUUUUAUGAGUCAUUAAAAAUCGUAAUAAAUCUGAAAAACACUUCCAUCAACUCAUCGAGGGUUUCUGUGGUGAAAUAAGUUGUGCAAAGUUGUAAACUCGCAUUUCGUGCGUCAAUAUUUUUUUAAUUCUCGAAGUGAAGUUCUUCCUGAAUAUCCAAGUGCCAAUUUAUGAUCCGUGAGAAUGGCGGCUUGUCACCCCCGACCACCUCCGCAGUCUCUCCAUCUCCAGAUGCAGGAUAGCACCCAGAAUCAUCAUCAGAAUUCAAUUCAACAGACGAUCCACUCGAAUUACCCCCCACACCUCCUUAAUUGGGUGUAUCUGGCUAUUACCGAUCAGAAUACACCUCCACAUAACGAUCAGAGUAAACUUUUGCCGACCGUGUGGGGUAAUUUUCCCACUGCAAACGCCCAUCACCAGUCCUACCUCCAAAAAGGCCCACUAUCUCCUGGAUCAGUACCAAUUGGUGGCAGUUUAGUGGACAGUAUUGGAGACCUGGCCGAGCACUUUAACGAGCUUGGUCUAUUGGAUCGCAAGCCAACGAAGAGACCCCCGUCGACAUAUUUGUGUCACUUGUGCUUCAAGAAAGGCCACUACAUCAGAGAUUGUCCGCAGGCGAGACCAAAAGGCGAGGGACUGACGCCAUACCAGGGUAAAAAACGUUGUUUCGGGGAGUACAAGUGUUCAAAAUGCAAACGCAAAUGGAUGUCGGGAAACAGUUGGGCUAACAUGGGCCAGGAGUGUAUCAAGUGCCAUAUCAACGUUUAUCCUCACAAGCAGGUGAGUCUGGGGCCAUCAGCAUCAGUAUCAACAUCCCCGCCUCACUCGUUCAACUCCUCUUUGCGUUACCGGCCUCUAGAGAAACCGGACGGCUUGGACGUCUCUGACCAAAGUAAAGUUCACCCGCAGCAUCUCUGUGAAAAAUGCAAGACACUGGGAUACUACUGCAGACGCGUGCAGUGAGAGGAAUUUAAUUCAGCGAACAGUGCCAAAACAGCUUGGAUAAAAUAACAAAAAUUUUUUCGAUGAAGAAAACGAGCAUACGAUGCUGUAGCUUCCACAUUGGUAAUCCCGCAAGAUUUCGAUCGAAUCGAAGGAACGGAAAAAUCUAAUUGUUAGGAGAAGAAGCAGAUUUUGCGGAUUAAUAUGAAACUUAUGAUAAAAUGGUUUUGUAUCAUUCAUUUUGAAAUGAAAGAGAGAUCUUUUGCUUUUCACGUUUGUUGCUCCAACUGGUUUUUCUAUUUAAAGCACUCGUCUAUGUUUAGAGAAAACGUGGCAAACGUUGAGACCGGAACGUCUGCAAUACACUCGACUGCUAUUUGAGUACAUUAACAUCGGAGGAGUUCAAAUAUUGUUAAAUUCAAUGUACUAAUUGUGCCUUACUGUGUCGGUUCACGUGAAAUUUAUAUUCUCGAAGGUUUGCCAGGAAAUUUAUGUUAUUUCUCGUCGAAAAAUUAUUCCAACCGCCGCCAAAAUUAAUAAUGACAUUCUCACUCUCAGCCAUUUUGCCAAAUUUCAACGAAUAAUUUACAUGGAAUUUCUAUUGACCUGUUAUUGAUGAAUCAGUCAAUGUUCUUGAAUAUUCAAUGAAAUUUGAUUUCUCAGGUUCAUACGACGAUGAAAAUGACGAGAAAAUGAAAACCUGUGCUCUUUUGGAAAUCAAAUCAUCAUUACAUGUCAUAUUUUGUCUUUUCUCUGUUUCAAAUACUUUCCUGGACAUAAUAAACUUCAUGUGAACUGUACGAAAAUUGAAACCAGACUGAGCCAGCACCAAAGAACAAUAUUUACUUUAAAAAAUUUCUAUCUAAAAUUUACGGGCAUAUUUUCUAUGUAUAAACUCUGGUCUUGCCCAUAGAUAUAUAUUGUCACUCACAUAAUUUGUAUAAAUUUCGCAUGAGAUAUUUUUGCAUCGACGCAAGAAAAAAAAUAGAAAUGGAAGCCUAACGAGAAGAAUUUUAAGCAUGCCAUUGAACUAAAAAAUAUUCGUCAUUUAAGGAUGGAAAAACAAAUUAUCUAACAAAAUUUGGUUGUUGUAUUAUAUAUUAUUAUAUAUAUAUUUAUGUGCCGAAUAUACAAUUCAGAGGAAUCUACGCA